AUGACGGAAGCGCUGGGAAGAGAAGUGGGAGGACGGCAGCGCAUAGAAGAUCUGGAGAGGCCACAACUCGACGAUCGUUCUUACCGCAUCAUCACCCUACCGAAUCAAUUAGAGGUCCUCCUGAUACACGAGGCGGGCACAGACAAGGCUAGUGCUGCGCUGGAUGUCAACGUUGGCAGCUUCAGCGAUGCGCCGGAUAUGCCAGGUAUUGCGCACGCGGUGGAGCACCUGUUAUUCAUGGGGACUGAAAAGUAUCCGGAGGAAAACGCCUACAACCAGUAUCUGACGCGCCACGGCGGAUACUCGAAUGCCUUCACAGCCUCUACGUCAACCAACUACUACUUCGAGCUUUCAUAUCCUUCGUCUACACCUACGAACAGCCAAACUGUAUCACCAGACGUGUCACAAACAAACUUGGCAGAGUCCAAGGAGGAGUCGCCGUUAUGGGGAGGACUGGACCGCUUUGGCCAGUUCUUCAUCAGUCCUUUAUUCUUGGAAGACACGGUCGAUCGGGAGCUUAAGGCGGUCGAUUCAGAAAACAAGAAGAACCUCCAAAACGAUACCUGGCGGAUGCAUCAGCUCAAUAAAGCGUUGGCCAAUCCAGACCAUCCCUACAACCAUUUCUCGACAGGAAGCUACAAAACUCUACACGACGAACCUAUAGCGCGAGGUGUGAGAAUCCGCGACGAGUUCAUCAAGUUUCAUUCAACCCAUUAUUCGGCGAAUCGUAUGAAGUUGGUUGUCCUAGGUCGAGAGAGCUUAGAUACAUUGGAGACAUGGGUGGAAGAGAUCUUCGCUAAAGUACCGAACAAGGACCUUGGUCAAAAUCGUUGGGACAUGCCCGUUUACACCGGCAACGAACUGUUGACUCAGACCUUCGCCAGACCAGUUUUGGAGUCUCGUUCACUGGAGCUUCAAUUUGCGUACCGUGAUGAAGAAAAGUUCUACGAGUCACAUCCUUCAAGAUACCUUAGCCACUUGCUUGGUCAUGAAGGUCCUGGCAGUAUCCUUGCGCUCAUCAAGGCAAAAGGCUGGGCGAAUGGACUAGGAGCUGGAGGGUCUACCCUUUGUCCUGGCUCAGGGCUAUUUACCGUCAAUAUUAAGUUGACCGACGAGGGUCUAAAAAACUACAAGGAGGUUGCAAAGCUUGUCUUCCAAUAUAUUGGUCUCAUGCGCGAUCAGCCGCCUCAAGAGUGGAUAGUUGAAGAGCAAAUGCGGAUUAGUGAAGUAGAGUUCCGAUUCAAGCAAAAGAGCCCACCGAGCCGGACUGCAAGUGGUCUAGCAGGCAUCAUGCAAAGGCCGUACGACCGCAAGAUGUUGCUAAGUGGACCAGCCAUUAUCAAGAAGUUCGAUGCCGAGCUGAUUAAUGAGGCUAUGUCUUAUCUCCGACCAGACAACUUCAGGAUGACGAUUGUUAGUCAAGAUUUCCCGGGCGAUUGGGACCAAAAGGAGAAGUGGUAUGGAACAGAGCACAAAGUCGAGAAGAUACCAGAGGAUUUCCUUGCCGAGAUCAAAGAGGCAUUCCAGAGCAAGAGCCGGCCGGCAGAAUUACAUUUCCCACACAAGAACGAGUUUAUCCCAACUCGACUGGAAGUGGAGAAGAAGGAUGUUGAACAGCCGACUAAGGAGCCCAAGCUUAUCCGCCAUGACGACAAUGUGCGCAUUUGGUGGAAGAAGGAUGAUCAGUUCUGGGUGCCCAAGGCUAACGUGCACAUCUACUUCCGGACACCUAUCACCAACGUCACAGCUCGUAUCACACUGUUAUGCACGCUGUAUCGCGAACUCGUGAAUGACGCUCUAGUUGAGUACUCAUAUGACGCCGACCUUUCCGGGCUAGUCUACGACUUCACCAACCACAUCAGUGGUCUUUCGAUCACCGUAAGCGGCUACAACGACAAGCUCCAUGUAUUACUGGAGAAGGUCUUGCUCCAAGUACGAGAUCUUGAGGUAUCGGAAGAUCGUUUCAAGAUCAUCCACGACCGGAUGCUGCGUUCUUUGCGCAACUGGGAGUAUGGUCAGCCUUUCCAUCAAGUCGGCACCUACUCUCGACAAUUCAAGAGUGAGAAGAGUGUGAUGAACGACGAACUGCUCCCAGAACUUGAGAACGUGACAGCGCAGGAUGUCCAGCAAUUCUUCCCGCAGAUUCUAGCGCAAUGUCAAAUCGAAGUUCUGGCACACGGUAACCUGUACAAGGAGGAGGCUUUGAAGAUCACUGAUCUUGUAGAGCGUACCAUCAAGCCAACGAGACUACCAGCGAAUCAAGUACCGACGCGUCGGGGACUCAUCUGGCCAUCUGGCAGUAACUUUAUCUACGAGAAGCAACUAAAAGACCCUGAGAACGUCAACCACUGCAUAGAGUACAGCCUGUAUGCUGGCCACCGUUACGACAGUGUCAUGCGCGCUAAGCUGCUGCUUCUUGGACAAAUGACGGACGAGCCUUGUUUCAAUCAGCUUCGUACCAUUGAGCAGCUCGGCUAUGUUGUGUUCUCUGGUCCUAGCUUCCACGACAUUUGGUCAGGUUACCGCAUUCUCAUUCAGAGUGAGAAGGAUUGUCGGUACCUUGAGGGUCGCAUCGAGAACUUCCUUAACACGUUUGAGCAGACGUUGAAUGACAUGAGCGAGGAGGACUUUGAGAGCCACAAACACGCAAUGAUUAACAAGAGGCUGGCGAAGCUGAAGAACUUGUCGUCUGAAGACAACAGGUUUUGGAAUCAUAUUUACAGUGAUUCUUAUGAUUUCCUGCAAGCCGACGUUGAUGCCGCGACUCUUGAGAAGCUCACAAAGAAGGAUAUGGUCGACUUCUACAACCACUACAUCUCAACAUCGUCCUCUCAGCGCUCCAAGCUGUCAGUGCAUCUCCAAGCACAGGCUAAGGCUAAGGAGCCCUCGCUCGAUGAGAAGAAGACUGCCGCUGCCGCUGCGCUCAAGAUCAUUCUCGCCGAACACAAGAUCACAGCCAACGACGAGGCUUUCCAGACUCGCAUCAAAGAUGCAUCGUCCAGCGAAGCUAUCUCAGAUGCCGUUGCCAUUCAUCUUACUGAUGACCUCAAGGUGGAGAAAGAAGUCGCUAAUAAGGUCCUUGACGAAGCCAAGGCUGCGCUCGGUGUCGCGGACUCGGGUCUUCCAGCUGCUCCACAGGCACUUGAUGCGUCAGCAGACGUUAAGAGCGUAGUAGAUGCAUCGCAUCCUGUUCUCAUUGAAGACGUACAUGCUUGGAAGGCAAGCAUGCAAGUCAGCUCCGGGGUGCGACCCGUACGCAACCUAGAAGAGUUUGUCGAGGUUGCUGAGAAGCUAUAA